UGGUUGGCGUCUCACCCACACUGACUAUGGAUAUUUUACAUAAUUACUAUUUUUUAAUCCCCCUAACACUCAGAACCGACGCUUACAUUUAUUUAUUUAAUUAAAAAAAAAAAUCAAAACCGUGAAACCCUGACCCCCUACUCUCAUUAAAAUCUAAACCCAAAUUUUGACCCCCACUUAAAAAAUUCUUUAAAAAAACCCCAGUGUCAAAAUAUAUUGUCUAAUAGUGUUCAGUGUCCAGUUGAACUAAAACAUAAUUAACAAGUGCCCAAGGAUUUAUAAAUUAGCAGUUGCCAGAUAAUUGCAGAUCAUUGGUCCAGUAGUUCAAAAAAAUAUUAAUCAUAAAUAAAACAAAAUUUAAUCACAAAUGUUUAAUGCUUAUAAAAAAUCUCGUUUCAAAAAUAUCAAAUAAUUAUUUGUUUAUUUGGUAAUUAUAAGAAUAAGAGUAAAUAUAGUGUCUGAAAAAAAAAAUUUAUAAAUAAAAAAAAUAAAAAAUAAAAAACUGGGACUUUACUCCCAGUUAAAACUGAAAAAAUCGUGGAAGGGUCAAGAAAAUCGAUAAUAAGCCACUACGGGCUUUAUCAAAAUUCAUACACAUGUAGCAACACUUUGGGAAGUAUCUACGGCUACCCAACCACCGCGACAACAACGACAACACCAACAACAACUUACUUACCCCCACUAUCAUACUCGCAACCUCACGCUCAACCCCAUUCGAGUGCACAUUUGGCCCGGCACCAGCUCCAAUUUAACCUCACCGAGGACUACAGACCGAUUUAUUUUUAUGUCGCCCAACCCUACACUAUCCCUUACACAUUUGCCAAACGCCCUAAAAGUAGUAAUAAUAAUAAUAAUAAUAAUAAUAAUAAUAAUAACAAUACCCUUUCUCUCGGACGGUCAAUUAAAAGCCGAGGCCGCGUUAAAUUUCCAAAAAAAUUAAGCAACGCGGAAUUUUCACAAAAAGUUAAACAAGGAGAGUUUUCCAAGAGCCUUAAUCAAGUCCAGUUCGUUGACCCUACAGUCACGAGUUUUCCAAAGACGGAGCUGGUUUGCAGGAAAAGUAAAGAUCCGAAGAUGACGUCCAUGUUUAGAAGAGGAACCAUUUUCGCGACAUUUUUUUUGUCUUUGAUUGGUGGUGGGCUCGUCUGCGCGGCCCUCGUCACUCAGCAUUGGGUCGAAGCUCGAGCCUGGAGGACUCCGAACCCACAAGAGAGCGCGGGAAAAAUUCACUUCGGGCUUUUGAAUGGAAAGAAAGAGUUAAAUGUCGCCUAUGGGUGGCGCACGUAUCACAUUGCAGUUGCUCAAAUGAUUAAAUCAGAUCAAAAUGUAAUGGACUGGAGUUUGUGGAUAUCAACUCUAAUCACAACCUCACUAGCGUUAAUUGCUGCGGCAUUAUCGGCGCUAAUUGCUGUUUUAAAUACAGCAACAACACCCAGAAUUAAAUUAUUAUCAGUACCUGGUGUCUAUAUAAUCAAUACUUUAACAUUAAUUUUCUGUGUAACGAGUGUCAGUACGUGGCUAGCACAAUUUUACAUUAAGUUAUACAACAAUGUGUUACCAAAAGAGGAUACUGAUAACAUGUGGACGAGUGAAGGUUCCGCGGAGCUUGGAUAUUCUUUUUGGAUGGUAGUAAGUGCCGGGGUUGUUCACCUUAUCAGUAUCGCUCUGGUUGGCUGGGGAUCAGGAAGAGUUAAAGAUGACCGCAUCGAGCACAUACCAGCUCUCGAAGAAAAAACAGCUGCUGCCAUAAUGCUUUAUUAAUUAUAAAUGCUUAUAAAUAUUAAGAUAUUUAAAUAAAAAAACAAAUUUAUGUAAAAAUAUUUUUAAAAAAAGCCAUUUGUUAUAGAAAAAGUUGCUUACAAAUUGCCAAUUUAAAUAAGUAUUAAAUUAAUGUAUUUUUUUAUAAUGUACCUACAA